UCCUACUCUGUUUUUUCAUCCUCACCCCUCCUUAAUUACCACCCUAUUUCCAUUUUCAUUUUGGGAAAAUAAAAUCUUCUGCGUUAUGUGAUUUCCAAAUCUGCAAUCCCUCGUUAACUCUCAAUCUAAUACCACAGAAUUCUCUCAUAUUCCGCCUCCAAUUUUUGAUCCACAAACGGCGCAGAUCGUUCCUUGCUCUCGGUCAUCGAAAUGUCAAUGGUGUUGGAAGCGGCGGUUCCGGCCACGCCGGCGUCUCUCUACGUCGGAGACUUGCAUCCCGACGUCAACGAUGCUAUUUUGCUCGACGCUUUCAAAGAGUUCAAUUCCCUGACCUCCGUCCGUGUCUGCCUUAAUUCCUCCACCGGCCGCUCCCUUUGUUAUGGCUACGUCAACUUUGUUUCGCCUCAAGAUGCCAUUCGUGCCAUUGAGUUGAAAAACCAUUCCACAUUGAAUGGAAAAGUGAUAAGAGUUAUGUGGUCACGUCGCGACCCGGAUGGACGAAGAAGUGGAGUUGGAAAUGUUUUUGUCAAGAAUUUGAGCGACUCAAUAGAUAGUGUUAAGCUUCAAGAAAUGUUUCAGACUUUUGGUGAUGUAUUAUCUUGUAAAGUAGUGACUUCUGAUGAUGGGAAGAGCAGAGGAUAUGGCUUUGUCCAGUUUGAGUCUGAAGCCUCUGCAAAAGCAGCCAUCGAGAAGCUCAAUGGCUUAGCUGAUGGAGGAAAACAGAUGUUUGUAUCUAAAUUUGUCAAAAAAAGUGACCGAUCUCUUCCUUGUCAUGAGGUGAAGUACACAAACCUGUAUGUGAAGAAUUUAGAUACAGAAAUAUCUGAGGAAGUUCUUAAGGAAAAAUUCUCUCAAUUUGGAAACAUUGCGAGCUUAGUCAUCUCAAAAGAUGAGAAUGGUGCAUCAAGAGGAUUUGGGUUUGUUAAUUUUGACAAAGCCGAAGACGCCAAAUCUGCAGUAGAAGCUUUGAAUGGAUCACAACUUGGCUCAAAGGUUUUAUAUGUUGCCCGGGCACAGAAAAAAUCUGAACGCGAGGAAAUGUUACGCCGCCAGUUUGAGGAGAAAAGGAAGGAACAGAUCCUGAAAUACCAGGCUUCGAAUGUGUAUGUAAAGAAUAUUGAUGAUGAAAUAUCUGAUGAUGAGCUACGAUUGCAUUUUAGUCAGUGUGGUACGAUUACCUCUGCAAAGAUAAUGAGAGAUGAUAAAGGAGUAAGCAGGGGGUAUGGAUUUGUUUGCUUCUCAACACCCGAGGAGGCAAAUAAAGCUGUGUAUACUUUCCAUGGGUUGAUUUUGCGAAGGAAGCCAUUAUAUGUAGCAAUUGCUCAAAGAAAAGAAGAAAGGCAAGUGCAGUUGCAAGUUAUAUAUGCUCAACGUAUGGCGGGAUUAUCAGGACCGCCGUCACCUGUUAUUCAGGGUGGAUACUCUCAUCUUUAUUAUCCAGCCCCUGGAGUUGUUCCACAGAUACCUGCGCAGCCUAGUCUGAUGUAUCAGCAGCCAGGAAUUAGGCCAGGAUGGAGGGCUAAUGGCAUUCCAAAUCCUUCCAGACCAAUUCUUCAGCCUAUCACCUUGGCUCCCAACAAUUUUAGACAAAGACAAAGAGGGACGAUGAACGGGAAUAUUCUACCACAGGCAGCUGGUCUUACAUAUCCAUCACAUUUGCAACGGCCAAUUCACUCUCUGGCUUCAUCUAAAGAUUCAAACAAUCAGCAGCCUAUUUUUAUAUCAACUGGGGUUGGUGGUAAGGGGUCUGAAAUGUUAAGUAGCGUGCUCGCUGCAGCUCCUCCAGAGCAACAGAAACAUAUUCUUGGGGAUCGUCUUUAUCCUUUGGUUGCUCAUCACCAGCCUGAUCUAGCAGCAAAGAUAACAGGCAUGCUUCUGGAAAUGGACAACAGUGAACUACUAGUUCUGUUAGAUACACCGGAGUCACUAGCUGCUAAAGUUGAAGAGGCGGUUCAGGUGCUCAAAUUAUCUGAUAAGACCAAAGAGCCCAAUUCAGACGCCCUGGGUUCAAAUUACAUUUCUGCCGGAGUUGCUGUCAACUGAAGGAUGAAUACUCCGUUUUCAUAUAUUUUCCAACUUCUUGACGUUUAGUUUAAUUAGUAGUGACCAUACCCUAUUAUAUGCCUUGACAUAUUACAGCUAUUACAGUCUACAUGAAAACUCAUAUGCUGCUGCAUCUGCAGGAUAUGCAUUGCAUUGACUUAUAUUCAUACAUGAAAUAUGUUCAUUAGAGUUGACAGAAAUUUCAAAUUUUGAGUUUAGUUAA